UGUAAAAAAGAUUAAAUAAAAAAAAUAAAUUAAAGAGUUUUUUGACAAAAAAAAAAAAUCAGAUUAUAUGUUGGCUGCUACACCGUUCACACCUUCAACCCCCUUGCCCAACCCACCUCCAACACCACCCCCACCAUCGUCACCCACCCUCGUAACUUGCCCAAAACCACUCCACCCUUCUCUUAGCAAGAUAAACUCUAUUCUCCCUGUCAAAAAAACCAUCACAGCCAAUGAAUAUUCUUCAUUGUCUUCAAUGGGGUGCUUCAUAAAUUAACAAUGGCGGCGUGGUGAUGAUAUGAAAUAACGAAACAAUGAAAUAUGUUCCUCAAAUUCGCUGGUAUGAAUAAUCAAUUCCUAUGAAUGCAAUGUUAUUAAUUCUUAAAAGUACUCUAACCUGGUGAGAUUUCUCAUGAAUUCAUGAAUUUGCACAUCAAUCUAUUUGAAAUUUGUCAUGGUAUUGUUUUUAAUUAAAUAAUUAGCAUCAUAUCCCUAAAAUACCCUUUGACCUUUCGGGAUUUGACUUUGACUUUUAGUCAAUAGACUUUUUGGCUGGACCUCUUUUCUUCUUUGGCAGGCCCAUGGGGUUUUACCUCCAGAAUACUUAAAUCCUUUGCCAUCCCUCUCCUGUGGCUAUCCUCCUUUUAAGGAGAAUAACCACCCACCACCUUCCAUUCUUCGUAUAUGCUUGGCUCUCCUUGCUUCAGAUGAAUAACUGUCCAUUCUUCCCCUGACCAGUCCACCUCCCAUUACUCCCACUACUCCCAUGUUAGUCCACUUCUUCUCAGAAAUAACUCCCCUUCUUCACCAUUAUAAAUAGAGGCUACCAUCAAGGAGGGAGGAUCAUCUGAAAUAGCUUUCCUAGUAUCCUUGCUUACAUUACUUCCUUAGCCUUCCUAAACUCUAGCACUAGCACUAGCAAUCCCAAUCCCGACCUUCCUUCUUGCAUUCAUUCUACAAUCUGUCAUUCAUUAACUUCCGAUCUACGUUCUAACUUGAGCGUCGGAGGGGUAUUCCGGGAGAUCACCCCCCGGACAAGGCUAACGUGUUGUAUUGCAGGAAUUCAAGUCGCUUUCUCUUAUAAACCGUUUCACUGGAUCACUCUUCCAUCAAUCUCCAGGUAUUUUAAGUGUCUUUUGCACUUCCUCGUUUCAUUACCGAAACAGUUUGGCGCCGUCUGUGGGGAGUUGAAACAAAAAGUCAUGGCUCCUAAAAAGAAUCCUACACAAACUGCAACAGUGCAUAGCACAGAUACAGACACUUCCGCAGGUCACGCUAACAAUCAAGCCGUGACCCGUCGUGAUCUGGACAUGCUAGCACGAAAUCUCACGGCCGCGUUCUCUGAACAACUUCGUGCCGUCAUAAACAAUACCCCUACUCAGCAACGAGUACUGGAAGAUAUGGCUGCACAGAUAAAAAACCUGAAGGAACGAAUCGAGCCCCAUCCUGAGAUACCAAAAUCCCAUGAAUCUCAAGAAGGGAACUCGAGGACUUCCCACUCCAGCAGACGCAACAAGAAUAGGCGGGAAAGGUCCAAGACUUAUCCACACCCUGGCACCACAGAUACACGAGAUGGCGACUCCAAAACCGCCACUCCAGAUGCUCGAACUUUCCUAGAGAGCAAAAAACGAAAAGCGUCCGAGAGCGUCCAGUCCCUGCUAGAUAAAAGAAGGGAGGAAAGAAAGAAGGCGGAACUCGCUGGUUCUAGCCGCCCCCUCAUUUCCGCCACCAUGCCGCGGAAUGAGGCCACCAAGAGUGUCCUCCCCGAAGAACCCAUAUCAUUAGUCUCCCCCCUGGCCAUGGAGAUACUAAAUACUCCUAAUCCCGGGAAAAUAAAGGUACCAAACAUGGCUGCUUUCGAUGGCACGUCAUGCCCACAGGAGCACAUGACGGCGUAUAAGAAUCUUAUGCUGUUAUACACCACCAACUCAUCGUUAUGGUGUAAGUUCUUUCCAACUACUCUUACAGGAGUAGCUUUGACAUGGUACACCUCCCUUCCCGGAGGAAGCAUCCACAAGUUUGCCCAACUAGAGGACAAGUUCUUGGGCCAUUUUGUAGCCUCAAAAAGGCAGGAGAAAUCAAACUUCCACCUGCUUAGUGUCACUCAGUUGGAAGGAGAAUCCAUAUCCUCUUAUCUCAAGAAAUUCCAUGAGGCAGUGCUGGAAGUAACUGAUUUGGAGGAGUCAGUUGCGCUAAACGCCCUAAUCAACGGAAUGAAGGCUCAACGGCUGAAGUUCCAGUUGGUUGAAAGUCAAGUAAAAACGUAUGCAGAGGCCAUGAAACAAUGCCAAAGCUACGUCACGGCCUCGGAGAUAUGUCAGGCCCAUGACCCGAAACGGCGUAAAUCCGAAAAGAAGGAAGCCGGAUCCUCUCUUCAAUCCUCACGACGUAGAGAGGAACAUUCUCCGAGGGGGAAGAAUUACAUGCCGCGUCGUCCUGGCCCACCAUCUGAUAUGGGACCUCCACGAGCCAGACAGGUAUAUGUAGCAGGAGGGGAGACUAGGACGCGGAAUCUGGGGGAUGGAGGCAACGACCCAAUGUUCAAUCGAAACAGGAGGGACAUUUUCUUCGCUGUUCGAGAUCAAUUGCCGGCUCCACCUCCUGUUACCACCCCCUCUAAUAGGCGCAACUAUAAUCUGUGGUGUGACUACCACAAAGAACAUGGCCAUACUCUGGCACAAUGCCGCGAACUAAAGCGCAUCUUGCAUCAGUUGGCUGACGAGGGAAAACUGUCCAGGUUCAUCAACAGGAGAGAUUAUGAUGCUGGAAGAGAAGGAGAAAGGAGGCCAUGGCAACAAAAACGCCGAUCCCCCAAGAGGAACGAAGCCAGACGCGAAAGUUCCGACACCCAAGGAACUAUCAACAUGAUUUUUGGGGGAUACACUGAGGAAUAUCCCACUAUCCGCGCGGCAAAAAACAGCGUCCACACUUUGCUGAAAGGACCUCCCAUGGCCGCAUCUAAAGGACCGGUCAUGAAGUUCGAUGCCACGACUUCCCAGCCGCUGCAACAACCCCAUACCGACCCCCUGGUAGUCACUCUUAAAAUCGGGCAAAUGAAAGUCAGACGGGUGCUGGUAGAUACGGGAAGCACGGCUGAUCUUAUUACAAUGGAAUGCUUGAGAAAGAUGAAGUUCGAGGAGAAGCACUUGCAACCCCUAGACAAACCACUGAUUGGGUUUGGAGGGAGUCAGGUCAUUCCGUUGGGAACGAUCAUUCUCCCCGUACGAGUAGGGGAGAAAAAUGAAAGCCGUACCAUGCCCAUACGGUUCACAGUGGUAGAUCUCAACUUUCCCUACAAUGCCAUCAUGGGGCUCCCACUCAUUAACAAGAUCAAGGCAGCCAUCUUUCCCCAUCAACUCCUGCUGCAAUUCGAAACAGAUAACGGGCAAGUUGGCAUUCUGAAAGGAGACCAGGUGACGGCUCGCCAAUGCCUCGUUAACACCCUGAAGCGCAGGUCUUCCGAGACACCUGCAAAAAGAAAGAGGGAAGACAAGGUCCCCGCUGACAUGAGCGUAUACAGGGAAAAUCCCAACACGCAUGAAAGGUCCCGCCCCAUAGAACGAUACGAGGAAGUAGAUAUGUUCAAGGGGAAACAAAUCAAGAUAGGGAAAGAUCUUCCUGACACGGUCAAGCAGGACAUAGUGGCCACCAUUGCUGAAUUCCGCGACGUCUUUGCUUUUUGCACGGAAGAAAUGCCUGGCAUCCCUACCAGUGUCGCGUGUCAUAAACUUGACAUCAAACCAGGCCAUAAACCCGUGAAACAAAAGCUACGACAUCAAGGAAGAGAGCGGACUGAGGCCGCAAAGGAGGAAGUUGAGAAGUUAUUGAGAGCCGGAUUUAUCAAAGAAUGCCAAUACUCAGAGUGGCUAUCCAACGUUGUUCUGGUAAAAAAACCAAAUGGUAAAUGGAGGAUGUGUGUCGACUUCACGGACCUGAAUAAGGCAUGCCCCAAAGACGAUUAUCCACUUCCAAAGAUAGAUCGUCUGGUCGACUCUACGGCAGGCCAUGCAUUAUUAAGCUUCAUGGAUGCCAACGCCGGCUAUCAUCAGAUCCCAUUGGCCACCGAAGAUCAACCUCACACGGCCUUCAUUACUAGCACAGGGGUCUAUUGCUACAAGGUCAUGCCCUUCGGAUUAAAAAACGCGGGAGCAACUUAUCAGAGGAUGGUCAACAAGGUCUUCCAAUCUCAGAUUGGACGGAAUUUAGAAGUAUAUGUGGAUGAUAUGAUCACAAAGAGCAAACAAGCAAGUCAGCACGCCGCGGACUUACGAGAAACCUUCCUUACCCUUCAAAAACACCAAAUGAAGCUUAAUCCCGACAAGUGCGUGUUUGGAGUUACCGGAGGUAAGUGCCUCGGCUUUCUGGUAGACGAGCGGGGCAUUGAAGCAAAUCCCGAUAAGAUCCAGGCCUUACAAAACAUGAGAUCCCCCACCUCAGUAAAAGAAGUACAAAAACUCACGGGGUGCAUAGCCGCUCUCGGAAGAUUCCUUUCCAAGUCUGCGGAUAAAUGUUCCCCCUUCUUUAAGACAAUAAAACAACAGAAGUUCGAGUGGACAGCAGAAGCAGAAGAGUCCUUUCGCCAAAUCAAAGAACACCCGUCCACAUUACCGAAACUAGUUUCUCCCAUCAAAGGGGAGAAACUAGUCCUAUAUGUUUCUGUCUCCGAGUAUUCGUUAUCCGGAGUACUGGUUGCGGAAAGGGAAAAGAAACAGUUUCCCGUAUACUACGUAAGUCAUGCAUUCCGCGGCUCUGAGGGAAACUACGGCGAAGUCGAAAAAGUCAUAUUCACAAUCGUUAUGGCAAGCAGAAAAUUGAAGCCCUACUUUCAAUCCCAUCAGAUCAUCAUCCGGACUGAUCAACCUUUGAAAAAGAUACUGGAAGGAAAAAACAAGUCAAGCCGCGUCACAGAUUGGGCAAACCAGCUAGCGGAUUUCGGUAUCGAAUACGAGCCUCGAACGGCAAUCAAAGCUCAAGCUCUGGCUGAUUUCAUUGCUGAAAGUACCUUCCCCUGUCAUCCUGAACCCAAUCAGAAGUGGAAGUUGUAUGUAGAUGGGUCCUCAACACAAUCAGCUAGUGGAGCUGGACUCCUCAUCAUGUCUUCCGCGGGGGUCCGUAUGGAAAGAGCAGUCAGGUUCGAGUUCGCAGCAUCUAACAACGAGGCAGAAUAUGAAGCAUUAUUGAUGGGAUUGAGAAUUUGCUACGAAGCGGGAGCGAAAAACUUGUCCGCUUUCUCUGACUCCCAAUUGAUCGUGGGACAAGUCAACGGAGAAUUCGAAGCAAAGGAUGAUAGCAUGAAGAUGUAUUUGCAGCAGGUGAAAGAAUUUGUUCAAAAAUUCGACAAGUUCACAUUGGAGCACAUUCCAAGAUCCCAGAACGCACAAGCUGAUUCCCUAGCAAAACUGGCCAGCUCAGCAGAAACAUCCGCGGCUCGAGACAUUAUCUGGGAAGUACUUCCUAAUCCCAGCAUCAACUUCAUGGUCAACACCAUCGACAGAUCAGAUACAUGGAUGGAACCGUACAUCGAAUAUUUGCGAAAUCAGACGCUUCCCCAAGAUAAAAGCCAGGCCAAUAUGCUCCAGAAGAAAGCAAGAUGGUUCGAACUCCACGAAGGAACGCUCUACAAGAAGUCGUAUACACACCCCCUCCUGAAAUGUGUAUCCCCUGAAGAAGGAAACUAUAUCCUUCGCGAAAUACAUGAAGGAGGAUGCGGUAUACAUCAGGGAGUGCGAACUGUCAUCGGGAAAGUCCUGAGAAGUGGAUAUUAUUGGCCCUCACUCCGAGAAGACGCGGAAUACUUGAUCAAGAGAUGUCCUGAAUGCCAAUACCAUUCAAAGAUAGGAAGGAAGCCGUCUAAUUACUUGACUGCCAUACAAGCCGUCUUGCCUUUCGACAAGUGGGGCAUGGACCUCCUUGGUCCCUUCCCUCCGGCAAAAGGGCAACGCAAAUUCAUCAUUGUGGCCAUUGAUUAUUUCACAAAAUAUGUAGAAGCGGAAGCCCUUAGUUCAAUCACGGACAAACAGGUCUGUCAGUUUAUAUGGAGAAAUAUCAUCACAAGGUACGGCAUCCCCCGGGUGAUCAUAACAGAUAAUGGAAGGCAGUUCGUCAGCAAGAACACUAUCGAGUACUGCGACAAAUUUAACAUCCAAAUCAGAUUCAGUUCAGUAUCCAGGCCGCAAACUAACGGUCAAGUGGAGUCCGCAAACAAAGAGAUCCUGAAUGGCAUUAAGAAGAAGAUAGAGGGAGUCAAAGGUAAUUGGGAUGAAGAAUUACCAGGCAUCUUAUGGGCAAGCCGAACAACCAUCAAAGACGCAACGGGGCAUACACCUUUCUCUUUAGUAUAUGGAUCUGAAGCCGUGCUCCCAGUUGAAAUAGGCAUACCCUCUACAAGGGUCACCUACUACUCACACGACGAAAAUGAGGAAGGAAAAAGAGCAAACUUAGAUCUGCUGCCGGAAACAAGAGGAAACGCGAUGCUGAGAUCAAUAGCACAAAAACAGAAGAUGAUCCGUAGCUUCAAUCGCCACGUAAAAACCAGACGCAUUCAAAUGGGUGAUUUGGUCCUUCGAAAAAUAGAAGCUACGGGAAAGAUCGUGGAAAAAGGAAAGUUAGGAGCCAAAUGGGACGGCCCUUUCAAAGUCACCCGCAUCAUCAAACCGGGAACUUUCGAACUAGAAGACAUGAAAGGGAAAAAACUACCCCGUCCAUGGAAUGGAGACCACCUAAAGAAAUUCUACAUUUAAUAAAAUUUGCAAGGGGCAAUCAGUUACUAGUAUCAGUGUUAGCAGCAUCAAUCCGCGACUACACUCAUCCCGCAACGUAGUUGCGUUGUCAUUCGAAUUCACUUUUGUAUUCUUAUCAAUCCUUUAUAACAGAAGUUUCAAUUUCAGAUUAUCUGGCACCUAUGUUCGCAACUAUUUGGUAAAAAUCUAUUGCAAAUCUUAUUAAAUCAGUAAUAUCCAAAAGUCGGACCCCUUGAGAGAGGUCCCAUUAUCAAGUUAUUCUAAGUCACUAACGAACCUAUGACUUCGAUAAGUCGGACCCCCAGUUUGGGGUCCCCUAGUUCAAAAUAUUCUAAGUUUUUACAAAUGAUGUUUCCCAACCGGGACAUCGAUAAGUCGGACCCCCAGUUUGGGGUCCCCUAGUUCAAAACAUUCUAAGUCUUUACAAUGAUGUUUCCUAACCGGAACAUCGAUAAGUCGGACCCCCAGUUUGGGGUCCCCCUAGUCCAAAAUAUUCCAAAAGAUGUUUCCCAACCGGGACGUCGAUAAGUCGGACCCCCAGUUUGGGGUCCCUGAGUUCAAAAGAAAAUCCAAGUCUCCCAAAAAGAUUACCCGCGACCGGGACAUCGACAAGUCGGACCCCCCUACUGGGGUCUGUAGGCUGAAAAUAUUCUAAGUCCAAAUUUCCUUGAUGUCGCCUAUACGUGACAUCGAAAAAUCACGUCCUUUAAGUAGUGUUCCGCGGCCUCAGAGGAAAGAAGCCACGGCUCAACAAAUAGAAGCAUGGAUAUCACGAAAAAUCAGGAAUAUAUACAUCGAAUAUUCAAAAUAUAGUUGAAUGUUUACAAAAAACAAGGUUACUAAAAUACAAGAUUAUACAUCGUCAAAAAAGACCUCGACAUCUUCACCCGGCGGCGGAGGAGAUUCGAUCCUUCCCUCUUCAAAACUCGGGGUGAAGCUGACAUAAUCUUCAACAUUGAACGGCUCCACCCCGAUCUCAGACAACUCCCGGGACAAGCUCUGGAGGUUCCGGCCUUCGUCAAUAAUGAGAUUCGAUAGAUCAAGGCAUAGAACCUCCAGGUUGGAGAGCGUCAAGUUCUCUGGGACAUCUGACGCCGGAGGAGAAGAGAGAGCCAGCUGCUCCAAGUCAAGACUUAAAGCCUCCCUCUCAGCCUCGGCAUUUAUCUUUUCAGACCAGGCCCUCUUCUCGGCCGCGUCCCAGACCGUGUCGACCAGUACCGCCGACUCCCCGUCCAAGACAGGAGCAAGGUUGGACAAAGCUUCACUCCCCUUUUGUUCAGCAGUUUGCUGAAGGGAAGUAAAAUCCAUGCCCAACUCUGCGGCAGCCAGACGAUACUUCUCGUCACUAAUCAUGGUUCCGGCCUUCACCAUCUCGGCCGUCAGAUCUCCGAGAAACUUCGACGCUUCCGGCUCAUCCGAGAGAAGCCAAUCUCGAGCUAUCCGGGCCUUCCUGGUUAAGCACAAUUUGUAUACUUUAGCCGCGGAUAGAAUCAUUUUGAAGUGGGAAGA